AUGGAAGAAAGCAAUCUGUGUGAAUGCGAAGUACCGAUCAAAGUCGUAGGGGACAUUCAUGCUCAAUUUCAGGAUAUGAAUCGGCUGUUCGACUUAAUUGGCCGUGUUCCUCAAGAAAAAUUCCUUUUUCUGGGAGACUACGUAGAUCGAGGACCACAAGGAGUGGAGGUUGUUAUAUUGUUGUUCGCUCUGAAGCUUCGGUAUCGUGAUAGGAUUUUUUUACUUCGCGGAAAUCACGAAACGCCAGCUGUGAAUAAAAUCUAUGGUUUUUACAAUGAAUGUGUGAUGAAAUAUGGAGCAGGCAUAUGGAUUUUUUUACUUCGCGGAAAUCACGAAACGCCAGCGGUGAAUAAAAUCUAUGGUUUUUACAAUGAAUGUGUGAUGAAAUAUGGAGCAGGCAUAUGGUGGGACUUCCAAGCAUGUUUUAACCGCAUACCGCUUGCGGGUCUGAUAUCGAAGAGGGUAUGUAUUCUCGAUUUCAUAAUCCUUCAAAUGAUGUAA